AUGAAGGACAACCUUAUAAUGGACGAGAACAAUGAAGGGCUGAACUGUGAAAUUGCGUGCAAAUCGGGGGCUCCUUCAGGAGUUUUAGCAAGCAAGGUGGCAGAACCUACUAAAAGAAUUGGUGAUUUAAGAAAGAAUAGCGAUGGUAGUAGAAACAGCAGUAGAAGUAGCAGGCAUAGUGUCAAUCGAGACUAUAGGUGGUGUCGCUCAGGAAAAUCCUCCGUUGAAGUACCGGACAAAAUGUAUGACAAGAGCGUAACGGUGGAAUACAACAGUGAUAAUGACCGCUCCUGCGGAAGGAAUAAAUAUCAGGAGUUCUCUAAGCAGAGCACUCUAAAUGUAGAUAAUAACGAUGAAGAAAAUGCGACAGAGUGUUCCUCUGUGUCUAGCAAUUCCUGUGGCGAAAGGAAAAGGGAAGGCUACGUUAACACGCGCCAAAAAACAUGCAAGAGGGGUGGGGAACAAAGUACAGAACACAACUCCAGCACAGAUGAUAUGAUUAGCCAUAAUGCAAUAGAAGAGAACGAAGUGAAAAUGUGUACAGUGAACGAGGUAGUUACAUGUCAAAAGAACAAAAAUGAAAAAGAGAAGGAGAAGGAGCCGGAGGAAGGGAAUCUUCUCAAGCUUCAACAGAACGAUUCAGUUUUUCUGGAGAAAAAUGAUAAGAAUGUCAACAGCGUAUUAGAAAGGUAUGAGGAUAUCUCGGAGAAGAAUCUAGAUAUGAAUUGGAACAAGUCGCAAAUAAAGACAUGUAUUAGAAUUAAGCCACUGGAUUCUGUGGGGAACAAUCUGGAAAAUGUAAUCACGCAAAGAGGAUUAAACAAAAUAUUAAUUAAUUACGGAGUGCAGAGUGAAAACAAAAAGUGUGAAUUUGUUGUUGAUAGAAUUUUCAAUGAAGAGAGCACGCAAUCGGAUAUAUGGAAGAGCAUUUGUUUUUGCAUAGACUCUGUUUUUCAUUUUAAGAAUGCAACUGUGUUUGCGCAUGGUCAUACGGGGACGGGUAAAACGUACACCAUGAUUGGUCCAGACGUGAUGGAGCUAAUUAAGGGGAAGAAGAGAAAAAUUCGCCAUUCCGGAAGGCGCAUGCAGCCGAUUGAGUUGUUACUGAAUACGAACAGUUUGAGGGUUCCAAAUGGUGGUGGUAGUGCUAGUGGAAACGGAAACAGCAACAGUAACAGCAGCAGUAACAAUUUUUUGUAUGAGAGAAAGAGGUCCUGCUCGCAGCCGAUCUUUAACUUCCCUGCGAGAGUAAUGCCCUUGGUGAAUGGAAACUACUGCAGUUAUAAGAAAAUGUACGACUCGUCGUGUAGCGCACAGUGUAAUGGGGCACAUACUUCUGCGAACAGCACCGGGAACAGUAUCGUGAACAGUAUAGUAAACAGCGGUAUGAACAGCGGUGUGAGUAGUGGCGUAAAUGGCGGCGUGAGCAGCGGCGCGAACGGCACCAAGAACAGCUCUACAAACAUGGCGCCAAACGGACCCCUUAAUGCUAGGCACAAUCACAAGAUGAAUGCGGAGUGUAUGAGUGAGAGCACGUAUUACGGGAAGUACGAAAACUGCAAAACAUUUUCUGAGUAUCGAAUGGAGUAUAAGCCUAAUGUGAAGCAUUCGCAGGAGGAAAUUCGGCUGAUUUUAGAUUCAGACAGAAAGGGGAUGAUUCCUAGGGCGUGUGAAGAGAUAAUGAGGAGGUUGUCUCUGCAGAGGGGGGUUGGUGGCGAGACGGAGGUGCAUACUGGGGAGAAGGGUCCCAGGGGAGUCGGCAGGGAGAGCGGUCAUCUACGUGGUGAUUUACGUAGCGGUCGAAGCGGUAACUUUAGCGUGGUCCGCGACACGCACGCGGAGAAAACGAAGGAUGUAUUUAAAAAUGUUAAGGUGUACGCCUCUUACAUGCAAUUAUAUAACGACAGAAUAUUUGACCUAUUAAAUCCGUGUACGGAACCGCAGCCCUAUUUAAGCACUCAAAAGUCUAAGCUUUAUAACAAUGCAACAUUUGUCUCUGGUUUGUUAACCGUGGAGGUAGCCAACUGCGAAGAGCUGAUAGAGCUUCUAGUAGAUGGCACAAGUAACAGAGCAUGCAGAAUCACAAAGACUAAUGAAAUGUCUACAAGGUCCCAUUCGAUAUUUAAAGUAGAAUUACGAUAUGUUAAUCAUUCAAAGCCUGAGUUUUCUAAGUCGGGAAAUCUGUUAUUAAUUGAUUUGGCUGGUAAUGAAAAGUAUGCAGCUUCUAAUGAAAAACUAUACACAACAGAAGUUUGUUCUAUCAAUAGGAGUUUAUCUGCCUUGUCCUUAUGCAUUAAUGAAUUGUCCAAGGGGAAUAAAAAUAUCAGUUAUAGAAACUCCAUUUUGACGAGACUUCUACAGGAUUCUUUAGGAGGGUCUAGUAAAACUGUUUUCAUAUGCACCAUAUCUUCAUGCAUGAAAAAUGUCCGUGAUACCCUAUCAUCUUUAAAGUUAGUUUCGAGAGCAAAAAAGAUACAGGUCGAGAGCAGGGGCAAGAACGUUUAUGUGUAUGAGGAGGACAUACGAAGAUUGCAAAAGGAGUUGUACUUUUUGAAAAAGUUUGUUUUUUUUCAGUACAUUACGAAUAGGUAUGAAAGUAGGAAGAGGCUACGGAAGAUAAGAGAGUUCUAUUUUAGUAAUUUCUUGGAUCAGGGGGAGUCCAGCUUUCAGAAGUCUUGCGGUGGUAGUGCAGAUGUAAUCCCGGGUAAGAAUCCGUCAGUCCGUUGGGGAGGUAGGAGCAUUCCAGAUGACACCAUGCAGAAGGGAAAUACCGGAGAAGAAGAAUCGAACCAUUGUGAUACUAUAAAAGUGGAUGCAAAUGAGGAAGAUACUACCUAUGCCGGAAUAGAAAGCAUCUACAAGGAGUAUGAACGAAAAUCUUUUAACUCAUUGCUGUAUCAGUGGAAUUUGAAUAAGGGUAGCAUUAGGAAGGCGCGGGAUCCGGCGGUAACAGCUCUAACGGCGCUAAACGGUGUGAACAGCAAAAGGAACCCUUGGUUCCACGGAAAUGGGAAUGUGAACAGGAAAAAUGUAAUGAACUUUAUCGAAACGCACACCAUAGAAUAUGAGGUCGACAGUGAUGAGGACUUGUUCAGCGGGAUUAGCAAUGAUGACGAUGGAGAGGAAGAUGACGAAGCAGAUGAUGAAGGGGAAGAAUACCCCGAAGAUGAUGGUGAGUGUAACGGAAAUGAUGACAACCGGGACGAAAGUGACAGGGGAGAGGAUGUAGGAAGGUGUUGCAGGGUGGAUGGGGAUUAUGAGAAAGAGGGCUCCGACACUGAUGAGGCAUACCCGAACGAGGAAAUGAUGAAAGGGGGGAGAAAAAGUAUUGAAAUAUUCCCUCCUCGUGAUGAUAGUAGGAAAUCCACUUUAGAAGAGGGGUGUAAGAGGAGAACGACGGAUGGGCAUGUAAAAGGGGGAGAUGUCAUGGCAGAGGAGGUGGUUGCAAAAAGGGGGAAAAAAGAAGAUACAAGUGUGAGUGGUGCGAAAGGGGAAGAUGAAAAGGAAAAGACAAUACAGACACCCUGUAAUGGCAAGGAAUUAAGCUGCUCAAAGGAGAAGGCGAGAGAAGCAAAUAUGCUUAGUGUAAAUGCUAAGAACUUAAAAAAAUCAGGGGUAGAAAAAAAUAAAUGCGUUUUGGUUUCAGCGGAGAGAGCAGUGUCUGUAUGGAAUAUCCCAAACGGAGGGACAAUUCCGAAGAGGGCAAAGUUCGUGAGUACGAGCAGGAACAUACGGAAUCCCAAGAGAAGCCGCCUCAAGGCAGGAAAAAAGUCACUCUUCCUAAAUUUUGCAAUGCAUAUUAACAAGAGAAAGGGAACUAGCGGUAUUUUCAAAAAUAGAGGAGAGGAAAAUAAGGUGCGAAAUGGAUCUGAACUAAACAGGGAAAAGGAAAAGAUCGGUAAGUGUUGUAAAGUACAGAAGCAAGGACGUCGCUCUAAGACGUGGAAGAAUGAUGAAGAUGCUGGUUUUAACAUUAAGGUGAAGGGAGCUUAUUGUCGACGGAAGGGGUAUGCUGAGUUGGUAAAUUCUCGCAAAUCGGCUAACUCGCUGCAAAUGUGUAAUGGAUCUAAUUUGUCUCCAUCAGAUGGUAUUAUCGGUACAUCCAUCUCGGAGAGGGGGGGGCAUAAUAGUAGUUAUAGUAGUAGUGCACACGGAGGAAAAAUUGGACAAAGUAGCGGCGCACCUGAGAAGACGCCAAUCGGUAGAAGGAACUGCGUAAAACAGAAGGAAAAUCAAACGAAUGUAGAAGGUGACAGGCAAGUAAAGUCAAUAUUCUCCAGCGAGGGUAGUCAGGUUGUCAAAAAGUACUCCUCUAAUGAGACAUUAUACAGAAAGGGGCGUAGCAAUGCUGAAAGGGGAAGUCCAGGCAUUGGGUCGGAUAUAGAGAAUCUACUGCAGUUAGGAGACUCAAAGAUGAGGCAGCAUUAUCUUAGCAACGUAGGGAUAAAGAACAUGGUAAUAAAUAGGAUUAACAUUUUACCGAAUUCUAAAGUGGUGAAGAAUUGCAAUGAGGUUAGUUGUGGGGUUAAAAAUAAGGACACGCCACGUUUGAAGGGUGAAAAGAGCCUGAGUGAGGUGAGAAAAAGGGAAGCUCGUGCAGGUGAUGGAGUGCGGGAAGGACAUGGUAAUAUAAGUGACAGGAAUAAUGGCGACAGAGGUAGAUCGAUCAGUGAGAACUGCUGCUUCAGUAAUUGGAAAAAUAAGACUAUUAUAGGCCAAAACGGGAAGGGAAAGUUUUCCUACUAUAUUGAGUUUAACAAGAUCAAUGAUGUGAAGAAGUACUUUAUGGAUGGGCAUACAGUAAGAGGGGGUGGAAAAGGGGACACUGGUUUGACAGUUCGCAAUGGGGUUGUGAAAAAUAUGAACAAAAAUUCGAUUUCCCAAGUUGAGGAGAAGUGGCUGGACUUUGAAAAAAAAUUAGAAACGAAAUUGGGGGAGGAAAGGGAUGGAGUUGUAAGUGGAUACGGGGGUAGCAGCGUGGUGGGCAGUAGGAUCGGGGGGGAUAAGUCCCAUCCUAAGGGGGACAGCGAAAUGAGCGCUUUGGAGGAAAACAAAAAAAAGCUGGACAAGUUAAAAAACCGCUAUGAGAAGAUAGUGGCUGAGUCACAAAAAAGGGAUUCUAGGAACGCCUUUUGUUUGAGGCACUCUGUUGGGGAUGCAGACAAAGGGAAGGAUAAUGGUGGAUAUAGAAAUGGGACUACCUACCCAACUGGUGGCAGUAACGCGAGACCACAAGUACGUAACGGGAGAAGUGUACAGGAUAUGCAGAGGAAGGCACUUGAGAUGAGGAAGACUGAUUUGUUCGGGGCCGACGAGCAGGUGACUCCUACCCACAUGAUCAGGAGCGGUGUGACAUUUAAGGGAAUAAAUGAUAUGUCAAGGGAGGAGAGGCAUACAUAUGAGAACGCCAAAGUGGUAGGAGGAAUGAAAUCUGAUUUGGAUAGCAUGAUCAGUAGUACGUAUAAUAUUCAGGAUAUGAUAAAGGCGUCUUAUCGGGAGAAAAAGGGGCGAUUUUUCCUGAGGAGCCACUUUAGCGGUGCGGAUUCGGGCAUGGAAAAACAUCACAGAGAUGACCUGGUAAGUAAGUUGCACAGUUUUAAGAAUCACCAUGCAGAGAAUCGCCGUAUGGAUGGGGCUAACCCGAUCGGAAGGGUAGUGUACCUUCCAAAUGGAGGAAAAUUACAUUGGGGAAAGAAGCACUGUGGGGGGGCUGAGCAGGUGAACCUAAAUGGGCGUUUAAUUUAUAUAAAGGGGGAUAAAGCGAGGAUUGCCUCCACUUACGCGAAUGUUAAUGAUAAAGCUGGAGGGUUGGACAAACAUAGGAAGAACGAUCAACACCAUCUGGCUAGUGUAAACACUGUAGAUGCUUACGACAGUAUACACAAUGUAGGAUUAGAAAGGAAGGCAUCCCCCAAUGGAGGAGUGAGUAACUGUGUACUAUUGAACACGCAUGGGAAUGAGACAAGUUGGGGAAGACCUACUAACGGAGUGUUAUUACAAGGGAGAAAUAAUCCGAACAGGGUCGACGGAGAAAGAGGAUCACAUCAAAUAGGGAAGGAAAAAAUAAAUAGGGAAAGAUACAGUGAGAAUAAGUUUAGAGAAAAAUAUUUUCUGCAUGGACUUCUCCACCCUGAGCAUCUGCCUCUGAAGGACAAUUCGAUGUAUGAUGACUAUUAUGAAAGUAGGAAAAUGCACAAGGCAAAUUUGUUUGCCCGGGAAGGAGGUAGCAAGAAUUUCGAUGUGUAUACCAUUCAGGAAGGAGAGAAGAUGAGGAAUGGUCAUUAUGGAAAGGGGAAUCGAAUACAUAGGGAAGGGUUUCAAGUUAAUCCUAUGAACAGCGUGAUACCUUACAGAAGUAAAUCCAUAAUGAAUGGGAAGAUAAAAAAUGUACACUACGGUGGUAGGGAGUUGCCUUCUGGUAAGUUUGUUGUUAGAAGUGGCUUUACCUAUGGUGAGAGAAGUACGAAAGAUGAUCCUCUCCCCCCCGGGCAAGACAGAAAAACCCUUCGGACUCCCCCUCAAAUGCGUUUCCAAGAUGUUAAUAGAAACGAAAUUAAUCAAUUCAGGGUGAUACCAAGAGGUGGAGGUUUGUGUGCAGGAGGGGUGUACGGUGCGGGCACAAGCAGAUGA